GCCCGGAGCACUCGGCCCGUAGCUUGCACGCACCGUGGUGCGGGCUGCACCUUCGAGUCCCCGCAGUUCAACAGCCGAACUCGCGACCCUGCAUCUCAACAGGUCAAGGGAGGUGACCAGCACGCCCCAGCCGGGACUGGAGGACCAAAGGAGCUGGAAGAUGAGCACCUUCCACUGACCAGUAGUCAUGGCUUUUAAGGACAGCAGCAGCAGCAGCAGCUUGUACAAUGAAGAUAGAAACCUGCUUCGAAUCAGAGAGAAGGAAAGACGCAACCAAGAAGCUCACCAAGAGAAAGAGGCGUCUCCUGAGAAGGCUCCGCUGUUUGCAGAGCCUUACAAGACUGCAAAAGGUGAUGAACUGUCAAGUCGGAUACAGACCAUGCUAGGUGACUAUGAAGAGAUGAAGGAGUUCCUGAGUAGCAAGUCCCACCCUCACCGCCUGGAUGGCUCUGAAGACAGGCCUGGGAAGCCCAGAUACCCCUUAUGUCAUGACAGGGGGAGCAGUGCUGCAUCCAGCUCCUUCCGCACACAUGUAUACCACCAGCCUAUCCACACUUCUGCUCCUGGAUCACUUUCUGUCAGUAACAUUAGCCACAGUCCAAAGAUGGCACAGCCAAGGAUGGAGCCAGUGCCAAGUCUCCAUGCCAAAAUCUACGGUGCACCCGAGGGCCCACGUCUGACUCAAGAUCACCUCCUCAGUCAGGGACAUUGUUCCAGAAAGUGUGACCGGAGAGCUGAUGGAGACUCGGCUCUAGAGAGGAAGCUCUCACCCUUAAUCUCCUCUCUGCCGUCCCCCGUUCCUCCUCUAUCACCUGUACAUUCCAGGCUGCAGGGAACUAGCAAGGCUCACAGCAGUGGGGUUAGCAGUAAAAGCUGCUGUACAGCCAAGUCUUCCAAGGACCUGGUGGUGAAGGCCCAAGAUAAAGAGACUCCUCUUGACAGUUUGGUGGCAGUUACCAGCCUCGGAACAGCCCCUCAGCCGCCUUGCCAGACAUUUCCACCCCCUCCUCUCCCCUCAAAAAGUGUUGCAAUGCAGCAGAAGCCCACUGCAUACGUCCGUCCCAUGGACGGUCAGGAUCAGGCUCCUAGUGAGUCCCCUGAGCUGAAGCCACCACUGGAGGACUAUGGUCAGCAAAGCUUUGAGAAACCAGACCUUAAAGUGCCUGCCAAAGCCAAGCUCACCAGACUAAGGAUGCCCUCGCAGUCAGUAGAGCAGCCGUACUCCAAUGAAGUCCAUUGUGUUGAAGAGAUUCUGAAGGAAAUGACCCACUCGUGGCCGCCUCCUCUGACUGCCAUACACACGCCCAGUACAGCCGAGCCAUCCAGGUUUCCUUUCCCUACAAAGGAUCCUCUGCACGUCAGUUCUGCAGCUCAAAGCCAAAAACAAUAUGACACGCCUCCAAAACCCCACCCCAAUCCCCAGCAAGGAACAUCCAUGCUCGAGGAUGACCUGCAGCUCAGUGACAGUGAAGACAGCGACACGGAGCAAGCCGCAGAGAAGCCUCCGUCCCCACCCGCAGCUCCAAGCGCUCCUCAGACGCUCCCCGAGCCUGUGGCCUCAGCACAUUCCAGUAGCGCAGAGUCAGAGAGCAGCGAGUCAGACAGCUCCUCAGACUCUGAGAGUGAGAGCAGCUCAAGCGACAGUGAGGAGAACGAGCCCUUGGAAACCCAGGCUCCCGAGCCCGAGCCUCCAACCACAAACAAAUGGCAGCUGGACAACUGGUUGACCAAAGUCAACCAACCAUCAGUGCCCCUGGAGGGCCGGGGAAACACAGAGUCUCCACGAUGGCGCCAGGAAAAUAAGGGUGUUGCUGAGGGCAGCAGUGACCAGCAGCAUCCUGAUUCCAAAGACCCUCCCCCGAAGAGCUCCAGCAAAGCUCUCCGGGGUCCCUCUGAGGGUCCCCAGCCUGGGAAGAGGAGCUGUUCGAAAUCCCCUGCUCGACAGGAACCCCCACCUCGGCAAACUGUCGGCAGCAAACAACCCAGAAAAUCCGCCAAGGGCUCCGGCCAGGCAGAGCCCCAGGCCAGCUCGCGGGUGGAGAGCGAAGCAGGACCCCUUCCCUAUGGCUCAAAGGAGCAGACAUCUAAAGAUAAACCCAAGGUGAAGACGAAAGGCAGGCCGCGUGCUGUGGGCAGUCGGGAGCCUAAGCCUGAGGUCCAGGUGCCUGUGCUUCAGGCAGCGGUGCCCAAGCCGCAGCCACCUGUGCCCAUCCCCAGUGAGAAGAGGAAGCAUAAGAGUUCCACAGCCCCCUCCAAGGGCCUCUCAGGCCCUGAGCCUCCGAAGGACAGUGCUGGGGACAGGAACUCAGAGCAGUCUGCCGUUGUCUCUGUGAUUGAGAGCCAGGGUCCACCCAAUAGUGGCAGGGGCAGCAGUGGUGUCAGGACUAGUGGCUGCCGACAGGCUGUGAUUGCCCAGGAGGACGGCCGUAAAGACAAGCUCCUGUUGCCUUUGAGAGACACCAAAUUGCUCUCGCCGCUCAGGGACUCUCCACCACCCACGAGCUUGGUGGUGAAGAUAACCCUAGACCUUCUCACGAGGAUUCCCCAGCCUCUGGGGAAGGGGAGCCGCCCUAGGAAAGCAGAAGACAAGCAGCUGCCAGCUGGGAAGAAGCAGGACUCGGAGACAAGGAGCUGCGACAACUCCAGCCGAGUGACCAAGAAGAGAAAGGGUGACCCAGAAAAAGAGCACAGUAACAAGCGAAUCAAACUGGAUAAGUCACAGACUGCAUCAUCUUCAUCUUCCCACGCAGAAUCUUCCAAAACAAAGACACCCAGGCCCUCCUCAGAGAACUCAAGAAAGGAAAUGCUUCCUCCUCCACCAGUGGCCUCAUCCUCAUCGUCUUCCUCCUCCUCCCAGAAGCCAAGCAAACCUGCACACAAGAGGCCAAGGCCAGAGGCAGAGAUCUGUAGCCACGACCUCCCCAGAAGUGCCAGCAGCACGAAGAGCAGCUGUAUAGACUCUUCAGUUCCCAAGCACAGAAAAGUACAGGCCAGGGGCUCUGAACACAAAGGAUCAUCUGGGGAUGCUGCGAAUCCUUUUUCAGUGCCUUCUUUGCCAAAUGGUAACGCUAAACCAGGGAAGCCACAGGUGAAGUCUGACAGACAACAAGCUGACUUUCACAUGAAGGAGGCUAAAAAGCUGAAGUGCAAAGCAGAGGCAAUGGUGGACAAGGCUGGAAAAGCCUAUAAGUAUUUGGAAGCUGUCCUGUCUUUUAUUGAGUGUGGAAUGGCCACGGAGUCAGAAAGCUCAGCGAAGUCGGCUUACACUGUGUACUCCGAAACCAUAGACCUCAUUAAGUUUGUGAUGUCACUAAAAUCCUUCUCAGACAACACGAUGCCAGCACAAGAGAAGAUAUUUACUGUUUUAUGCUUGCGUUGCCAGGCCCUUUUGAACAUGGCGAUGUUUCGAUGUAAAAAGGACACAGUGAUGAAGUAUUCUCGUACUCUCAGCGAACAUUUCAAGAGUGCUUCCAGAGUGGCCCAGGCACCUUCCCCAUGCGUGGCAAGAAGCACAGGCGUUCCGUCCCCCGUCUCCCCAAUGCCUUCUCCUGCCAGCUCUGUCGGGUCCCAGUCAAGUGCUGGCAGCAGUUUGGGGAGUGUUGGGGUGACAGCCACUGUCAGUACCCCGGUCACCAUCCAGAACAUGACCUCCUCCUAUGUCACCAUCACAUCCCACGUCCUUAAGGCCUUUAGCCUUUGGGAACAGGCCGACGCUCUCACAAGGAAGAAUAAAGAAUUCUUUGCUCAGCUCAGCACAAAAGUGUGUGUGUUGGCCCUCAACAGCAGCCUGGUGGACCUGGUGCACUACACAAGACAGGGCCUGCAGCGGCUAAAACAAGCACCCAAAGCCCCCUAACGUAGGCCGGGCCUACUCAUGCCUUGGAGUGUCUCUGCACAAUUGGAAGCCGGGAUGUCAGUACUCAAGAAGAAAAGCACUGAGAGAUUGCCAGGAUGCCUGUCUACUUAAACUCACAGUAGCUGUGUGGCCAUCGGUCAGCCCCUGCUCGGCUGAGCAGAUGCAGGAAGACGAUCUUGCUUUUCCCAGCGGGAGGACAAGUGCAGUGGAGCCCAACUGGCAUACGAAUGGUCUGGAAACAUUUCUGUUUUUUCUGUUUUUGUUUGUUUGAACGAUAGGAUAAAAAUUGCAAAUGAGAAGAAGAGAAGCAGUUUAAAGUCCGACAGCAAACUCUUGUCAUCUCAGAAGCCACCCUAGUUCACUUCCAGAAGGAAUUUUUUUUUUUAAUGAUAAUUUUUUUUUGGUGAAGGGCUUUAUGAUUUUGUUCUCUUUUCAAGUUUUAAAGGACACAUUGUUUAAUACAUUCUGAUGGCCAUCUGUGGAACACACAUUGUGUAAGGACUCCACUGCACCCCACUUCCUACAGGGAAGGGGCUCUGAAGACAGAGUAUUCCAUUCCCCAGUGCCUACAGUGCUGCACACUGUCUAGCUCUGGCCUCUCUGGCUGUACUGAGAAGCAUCCCAGGUUAGCCCUAGAGGAGAGGCAGCAUUUAGAUCUGGGUUCUAUCUCACAGUCUUCCCCACACGCCCCCCGCACUCCACCAAGGGGACUGGCAAAGCAGCCCCAUCUUGUUGAGCUUGCACAGAGCCCAGAGCCAUGACCUGGGGCCGGAGGCAGGUGCUGGAGCUGGAGUCCUGGGUGCUGACAGGGCUGUGGCUCCUCCGUGUAUCAGUGAGUCUUCCUAGAGAGAUUGUAUUUUUAUGCUACAAGUAUUUUAUAUUUAUAGCAAAAUUCAACUUUCCAAAGCCCUUGACUAUCCAGGGACAUUAGCUCCUUGAGAGCAUGUGGAGAUUGGGGGUUUGGGGGGAGCAGGGUUAAAUUCAACUUUAAAACACACCCCAGGCCAUCUUCUCAUGAUGAGGUUGAGAGGAUCUGUGACUUUACCAGGUUACACCCCGCCCACAUUAGACCAGGUUCAUGUAGAUGGGGAGUGAAGAAUAUAGUCAGAAUUCCUGCCCAUGACACACACCUUUCCUUGAGAUUUCAAGGUUAUUACUGGAAUACUCUCAAGUGCAAUGUUUUUAAAAAGUCACUUCACUUUUUUUUGUUUGUUUGUUUUUUUGUUUUUCGAGACAGGGUUUCUCU